GCGGCUCUGGUCGCGGAGGUCUGCGAAUAUUUGUGCGGGGUCCAGGCACGGUGCCGCUGCGGAGCCGUGUUUACGGUCUCCGAAGCCCAGCCGCUCUCUGUGGCUGGGGGUAGCCAGCCGGGGUCUUACUUUAGGAGCCCUCCCAUGGCUUCCCAGGAAAGGGUGGAGACGGUGACCAAAGGAACGGAGUUCUGGCGCUGCCCCAGGCCGGCCACUUACACCCCGGGCACCUGCGAGCUGCUCAGAGUGAUGAUGAAGGAAUCCAAACUGACUAACUUCCAACAGCGCCACAUCAUGGACACCAUGAAAAGAGGAGACACUCUGCCCCUACAGUGCAGCCCGACGUCCAGCCAGAGGGUCUUGCCUUCCAAACAGCCAGCCUCAGCCAUCUACCUGCCUCCCAUCCUGGCGGCCCGGCCCCACCUCCGGCCUGCCGGCUUGUGCCAAGCCAACGGGGCCUACAGCCGGGAACCAUUCAAGCCUCAAGCCACCCGAGAUCUGGACAAAGAGAAGCGAAGACUCCAAAAUAUUUUUGCUACCGGGAAGGACUCAGAGGAAUGGAAAAGAAAGCCCCCUCCCGUGCGACAGGAGGACUCAGCCCCCGAGCUGGACCGCUUUGAAGAAUUGGUAAAGGAAAUCCAGGAGAGGAAAGAAUUCCUGGCUGGCAUGGAGGCACUGGGACAGGGCAAACAGUACCGAGGGAUCAUCCUCACUGAGAUCUCCCAGAAACUACGGGAAAUGGAAGACAUUGACCACAAGAGGAGUGAGGACCUUAGGAAGGCUCUUGUCACCCCUUGACCUGUCUCUAGAGACAGGGGUAGGGUAGCCCAUCCCGGACCACUGGAGCCUACCCCCUCGCCAAGCAGAGCCAUCACCACCCCAAGUCAGCCCACCUACCCUGGCCUUCAGUCACAUCAGAUGGCUAUGCAGCCCUGCCUUGGCCUAGGGGACCCUGGGCACACACGGCACUCUAGAAAAUGGACCAGCCUCAGGGAAUGGGCUCGUUCUCCUCAAGACUCUGCCCAGGGGGCCUGGGUCAGCUGGGCUACUGACCACAGUCACAGACACACACACAUAUGCACACACACACACACAACUUCGAGUCUUUCUCGGGGAAAGACCCCAUACACAGUGAAGGCAAGGCCCAAUCUCACCACCUUGGGCGUGUGUCCGAGGACAUCCAACAGGCCUCUUCCUCCCUCCCCCAACGCCCACUGUGAGUCCUCCACAUCCAGUUUUCAGACCUGCGUAAUGAAUAUGACUCCUUCCUUUCUACCUGCCUUUAGGACCUACUUAUCUGACUUCUCACAGCCUUAGGUAAAUGUUUAACCACUAUGAUUAAUUGGCCGGUAAGACAUAUUUAACAUAGAUCAUGACAUACACCAUUCUGUUUUCAAAAGGAUGGGCUUGUUUGUUCAAGGAGUUAGAAUUUUUCAAGUACAGAUGCCUUUUGGCUGUUUGUAUAUCUCAAGUGGAAAUGAGAACCAACACUUCUCAGACACCCCACGGCCGGGGCACUGUGUCAAGGGCUGAAUUUCACUUGGUUCAUUCUCUCAAUAAAACUGUGCGAAGACGGA